CCGCGAGGCUCUCGCUUUUACACCGACAAUGGCAAUGGAGCUGAUCGAGAAGUACAGGGAUGGCGCCGAGAUCUACAGCGGCGACGCCAUCUGCAAGGAGAAGACGAUCGAGGCGAUGGUAGAGCUGUGCCUGCCCACUGGCCUGCUGCCGCUGGAGGACAUGGUGGAGGUGGGUUACAACCGCGAGCACAGCUUCAUGUGGCUGACGCAGAAGAAGAAGAAGGAGCACAUGUUCAAGAAGAUCAAGCAGUUGGUGUCCUACGCCACCGAGGUGACCGCCUUCGUGGAGGAGCGCAAGCUGAAGAAGAUAACCGGGGUGAAGGCGAGGGAGCUGCUGAUCUGGCUCACCGUGGUCGAGGUGUUCAUCGGAGAUCCUUUGUCCGGGAAGAUCACAUUUAAGACCGGCACGGGGCUGUCCGACACCUUCCCGGUGUCGGCCUUCGAGCUCGAAAAGUAGAACAAGAGGCAAAUUUGUGGUGAAAUGAAGAUUUAAGCGCGUAAACUAAUGGUCUAUGCAUAAUACAAAAAUUGGGGAAGCUUCGUUAUGACUACGGAACUUCCUUUUUGUUUUUAAGGAUUUGUAUUGUGAUUGUGCCCCCUCUUUAUUUCUUCUUAAUAAUAAAAUUUGCUAAGCUUUAUUUAUCUGGAAA